ACCUGUCUCCUCCCCUUCAUCUACACUGACUGAAGUGGAUUUAACAGGUGACUUGUCUCUCUGAGUCUUCUAGACUACCCAGAGUGCAGGAGCCCCUUCUACACGCUCACAGUAUGAAACAAGUGGCGUGUUUGUGAGAAGUGGUGUGACCAAAAACAGUUCACUGUCUAUGUCCAUCUAGCCGCUUUCUCUGCCUGUCAUAUAGGCUUCGACAACAGUGGUAGUGUAACACCCUCUGUUGUGUCGUUUCAUGAAUGGAGCGUGUCGCUUACGCCCAGUCUCCAAACCUUUAGCCCCGUCUUUGGACCUGUCUAUUGUGCUUGAGGCAUUUUCUCAGCAACCCUUUGAGCCUCUGGAAAGCGUGGAAUAUCUCUCCUUCAAGACGGCGUAUGCCUACUCAACACUAUCGACAGGAGAUGAGGUUCUUCAUUCGGCAGCGUUAACCUUACGGUUUGCCUGAGAACGGUUCAGUAGGAAAACAGAAAUCAAGUCGUGCUGAGGAGAGCUUUAGUGAAUGCAGUCACUUACGCAAGGAAGAGAGGCGAGAAUGAUCAGUUUGGCGGGCAAGUGGCUCCCUGUAUGGAGGAGAGGGGCUCACCUCAUUCGCCACUCGAACUGUCUGUCUCAGACGCUGCGUGAUUGGUAACUUCGAGCUUGUGAGACAUCAAAACGAGUAUCUGAAAUAGAAUCAGGGUUAUGUGCACUAGUGACACAGUCAGCCUGGUUAUAGAGGAGCAGAAGAAGAAAAGAGGAACCACUAGCCAUGGGGCCCAGAAUUUGGUGCCUGUUUGUCCUGCUUGGGCUGUCCAUCUGGGGCAGCAGUGAGGGCCUCAGAUCCCCCAUCCUGACCCGGAGACGGAGGUACCUGGAGGACAAAGGAGAACCACCCAAAAAGUGCUCGUAUACCUUCCUGGUCCCUGAGCAGAAGAUCACAGGGGCCAUCUGCACCAGCCAGGGCCUACACAUGGACAAGGACCGCGUGACCCGCCUGGACGUGGCGGAGGUGAGGGACCUGCUCUCCAAACAGAGAAGGGAGAUGGAUACCCUGAAGCUGGUGGUGGACGUGGAUGGGAACAUGGUGAACGAGAUGAAGUUGCUGAGGAAGGAGAGCAGGAACAUGAACUCCAGGGUAACCCAGCUCUACAUGCAGCUGCUGCACGAGAUCAUCAGGAAGAGAGACAACUCUCUGGAGCUGGCUCAGCUGGAGGGACGCAUUCUGAACGCCACAGCAGAGUCCCUACGUCUGGCUGCCCGCUACCGUGACAUAGAGGUCCGAUACGCCGCACUAUCCGCCGUGGUCAACAACCAGUCGGUUCUGAUUGCUGCCCUAGAGGAGCGCUGUCUGCAGGUGUACGGCCAGCGGCAGGAGCAGUCUCCUCAGGGCCCACCGUUGGUGCAGGUGGUGCCGGAAAACAUACCGGUUAGCAUCCCGAGAUUCACCAACGAGAUCCAGAGGGACCACAGCCGGGCGUUCCCCAGCGACAGGGGCUCCCGAGCGGGGCCAGCACCCACAGGAAGCACCCUGGAUCUCCAGAAGGAUCAGCAGGGCAACUUCAGUACAGAGGGUCCUUUCAGGGACUGUCUCCAGGCCCAGGAAGCUGGCCAUGGCACCAGUGGUAUGUACCUUUUGAAACCUGGCGAGGCGGAGAAGCCCAUGCAGGUGUGGUGUGAGCAGGGCCUGGACAACGGAGGCUGGACCAUCAUCCAGAGCAGGAGGGACGGCUCUAUCAACUUUUUCAGGAACUGGGACGCCUACAAGAAUGGAUUUGGCAACAUAGAUGGGGAGUACUGGCUGGGGCUGCUGGGGAUCUACAACUUAGGGAAGCAGGGAGACUACAGACUUCUAGUGGAGCUGGAGGACUGGGUGGGGAAGAAGGUGUAUGCUGAGUACAGCAGCUUCCACCUGGAGCAUGAGAACGAGGGCUACCGCCUGAGGCUGGGCACCUACCAGGGAAACGCUGGCGACUCACUCAGCAGCCACAACGGCAAGCAGUUCACCACACUGGACAGAGACAAGGAUGCCUUCUCAGGUAACUGUGCACACGUCCAUAAGGGAGGCUGGUGGUACAACUCCUGUGGCCAGGCCAAUCUGAACGGUGUAUGGUACACCGGCGGGGUGUACCGCAGCAAGUUCAAGGACGGAAUCUUCUGGGCAGACUACGGUGGAGGAUUCUACUCUAUGAAGGGAGUCCGCAUGAUGAUUAGACCUAUAGACUGAGACUACAGAGGGAGAGACAUGACCAUACUAUCCCUCAAACAACACAUGUACAGUACUGCCUAUCUCAAACCUACUCACUCACAGACAUUGAGUACAAACAUUUUCUUACCUCAUUGUGGGAUGGUAAAGUAUUGUGAGGUGGUAAAGUAUUUUACAUGUGAAGCUAAUUUGCAGGCAAACAAAAUAUGUUUCCUGCAGGUCUCGAGACCCUCAGCUCUUCCUUUAGAGACUACUAAUGUCUGGGCCUCACUGGCAGCACCAGACUUAGAGCCAGGAGUUACCAUGGAGAACAAAACAACUUACCACAUGGUAUGGAAUUGAAUCUGUGUAUGUCGCUAGAGGUAAAAGCUUGCCUAUUUUAGAGGUGUGUAAAUAUCUUUAGAUGUAAUAAUAACAUCUUAUGUAAGCAUUCAAUCUACUUUGUUUCAACUUCUCCAUCUUGUGAUGCUUUAUGAUUUACGUCCCUUAAUAAACCAGGCGCCAUGGAGAAGCUGUAUAUUAUCCUAUAGCAAACAUUGGGUUUUCUACUCACUGUCUAUAUUUGUGGAUCAUGCAUCAUGUAUUGUGCUUUCACAGCUGACUUAUGUACUGUAGCCUGUGUUAACGUUUUUCUCAUUUUGCAGUUGAUUCAAUCUCAAUACGAGCCAUAUUCAAAACAAGCAUUACGAAAAAAAAGAAAAGGAAUUACGGUUUGUUUUGUGUGGUUUUUGGAGACUUAAAAAAUGCAGACGAAGCAUAGAGUUAGUGAGAGGUAUCGGAACAGACAACGAGAAACACAUUGCUGAAAGCCACAGGAUAGAGUGAAGGGAAGAAGGGAGAGAGGGGGAGAGGGAAAGAGAAAGGAAAGGAAAAGGAAGAGGGGGGGAACUGGGAUGGAAUAUGUCCACAUUUCUAAGUUGUCUUUUUUUUCUUCCUUUUAAAUACAGAG